AUGAAGCCAUUUUCAAUUUUCCUCAUCUUCACCAUCUUCGUCAUUGCUUCCGCAUUAGUUGCUGCGAAGAAUGUUGCUGAUGUAACGGAGUUGCAGAUUGGCGUUAAGUAUAAACCAGCAUCAUGUGAAGUUCAGGCACACAAAGGUGAUAAAGUGAAAGUACACUACCGGGGAAAACUCACCGAUGGAACUGUAUUUGAUUCUAGUUUUGAAAGAAACAAUCCAAUUGAUUUUGAGCUUGGUGGUGGUCAAGUGAUCAAAGGAUGGGACCAAGGAUUAUUGGGAAUGUGUCUUGGUGAGAAGCGAAAACUGAAAAUCCCAGCAAAACUUGGCUAUGGAGAACAGGGUUCCCCACCAACUAUUCCAGGUGGUGCAACACUUAUAUUUGACACUGAGCUUGUGGGAGUGAAUGACAAAAGCUUAAACGAAGAAAAACCAACCUCCUCUGAACUUUAG